GCAGCGCUUCGUUGUUGGGACUUCUACUCGCUCACGAGGAUAUCUCGUGCUUGCCAACAUCGUGAAGUUGUCGUUUUGUGCUAAUUGUAUAACAGCUGGCGAAUGUAUUUUCGCUAACAAUGAAUCUAGCAGGGUUUUAAUUUGCCUUUCGACUUCAUACUUUUCUUUAUGGAUUCCAUCGUUUAAUACUAAUAAUAAUAUCUGAUAAUAAUUUUCUUGCAGAAACGUGCUUUUGUAAUCCACAGAGUGGCAUAGGACUGGGAAAUUCCUGUAGUUUAUGAACCGUUUGACUUGGACGAAAAGACUUUACCGUGUUUUGAUCCGUUUUCGAACCUGUGUUUUCGUUGUUUGGGAAGUUGGGAACGAUAGUACUCAUCAUAGUAGUAUCGAUCAUGGCCAAUCAGAAGUCUCCCGAGCAAAAUCCAGACAUGAACAAAAUGAAAGAAUCCGUGGACACGUGGGAAGUGCUGCAGGUCCCAUCUGCUUCGGGUCAGGAAAGUUUAGACGCAAGUAAACUGAUGGCCGCAUCGCAGUCUAACCUGACUCUAAAGCGGAAAAACGAAGGCAGCAUGGAACGUUUGCUGAUGGACGCGCAAAGAGAAUCUCUUCAAAGCUCCGCUCGACAAAGUUUACGACAAAGUAAACGCAGCAGCCCUGUUUUUCCGGAUUCGCCAGCCGAAAGUGGAGAUUACUUUCUGGGUUAUGACGAAUUUAACCGACAAAUCCUUCUCAGUCCUUCCGCUGCCGAUGGUUCAACCGAUUGGUUUUGGGACUGGAAUUAUGCCGCACCAACUUCAGUCCACUUAAAAGCGAAAUAUCAUAUGUCCAGAAGUCCGAAAAAGAUCUGCGGUGCCAAACGAAAAUUCCUGGGAUUGCUCCUUCUUACGAAUUUCCUGGCGUUGAUCUUAGGUGCUGGUUUGGGAUUCUACCUGGGAAGGAAGAUCUUAGCUGGAGAGGAGCCAAAUCUGAACGAGUGGGAUAUCAUAUCCCAUGUGGAAAGUAGGCUAUACAAAUACGACUGAUCUCUCAGCACGAAACAAUUCGAAAUUGUGUUUAAUCUUUUGUUCGUCAUCCUUUGUAUGAUGCGCGCGCCGCGAAUACUUGAAAAGGUUUUAUCAUUGCCAGGCCCAUCGCUAAUUAGAUCACAAAUCAGUUUCCUUGUUACGCUAGUCCAGAGUAUAAAAUGAUGUGCUUCGUCAUCUGCUUUUUUUAUCUAUUCAGAACUUUUGUUAUGGGCACUGCACGAUAAUUGUAAGAUAACUUCCUUUUGCACUCCUGUUAUUCUUUUGAACUUGUGACAUUUUUAACUUUUUGCUUAUAGCUGUUUACUUAACUUUGUUUCUGGCUUUGUCCGUAGCAAGAAAUAAUGUGGUCUGUUUCAGUGCUUGUAAGUUGUAAUUAAUGGAAAAAGCAUAUGAAAAUGUCCUGUAUUGUUG